AAGUGGGUGACGUUGAAAUGGACAUCUCGAGUGAAAAGAUGAUGACGAGAAUAUCGGGGAAAACAUAAGAGAAAAUGCGAAACUGAAGCGAACUCCAAUCGGAUGAUGUUUUAAUACAUUGAAUUACAAAUGUUACGAGCAUUCUGUUCACGUUUUCAUGUUUCAUGUUACCACUGUGUAUGAUCGACAGCGUACCGCAGUGCCAUACACAAGAUUGUCAAAGUGUUAUUUUAUUACGUUAAAUAAUUUCCGUUCAAAUGUAGCGGGAAGUUUUUCAUUUUUCUUGUUUGGUAGAGAAGAUCGAUAGUAUAAAUGUCGAUAACUCGCCCGUCGAUAUGCAUUCAUUCGAGAAUGCUUAUCUACGGAAGAUGGCGGCAGCAUUCUCGCGCAUUUCCCUUCGGCGAACGAGCGUGAAUAUGAAUCUAGUGACAUUCGCUGCGUGAUAUUGCCGUUAUUGCUCGUUUGAAAUAUUCGAAACGGAUUUUGGAGGCAGCUGUGACGGGUUGAGCUGCUCGCAAGCGUCGUCGGAGUGUUUCACGUGAAUUUCUUUGCUCGAGAGUGCGAUGGAUGUCGAGAUACUCAAAUGUGACAUACUGCAAGUGCUACAGAAUGACGACCACACAAUUCUGCAGAAAUGGAUAUCCUCGUGUCGGGACUUUCGAUCGCGGGUUGCCGCCGAGAUCGAAGAGAGGCUUCUGCUUGAAGCAGAUGACACCAAGAAGAGAUCUGUCAACGCGGAAAAAAUUUCGGAGCUGCAGCAGGAAAUCAACACGGUUAAAUCCGCUGUAGACAGCGUUGUGUUGGAAGAAAAAAAAGUAGAUAAACAAAUAUCCAAUGCCAUAAAGUCACAAGAGAACUUAAAGACAGAGUCAGGCGAGAUGAUGGCUCAAUACAGUGCUUUAGAGAUAGAGAUAAUGGACUUGCAGAUUGAAAUAGAUCAGAGGAAGAAGAAAAAGGUCUUACAAUGGGAUGCUGUUAAGCGUGCGUGUAAAAUCUACAAAAUGAACUUGGAUAUACAUAUAAACCUCCAAGAGGAAGAGGACCGGCAAUACAUAAAAUUCUCCUUUUUCACAUAUCUCAACAAAGACAAAGAGGACAUAUACUUUGUGAAAUUAUCGUGCAAACAAGACGAUGAUUGGAGAAUUGAAGAAAUUGAACCGAAGAUAAAAAAGGUAUACCAAAGUCAGCUGAGCUCCAUUAUCGACUUUCCUGAAUACUCCAAAGUGUCAGACAUCACCCUAUUUUUGUGUCAGGUACGAAAUAUAUAUCUGAAGUAUUUUAUAAAGAAACGAGAAAAAAAUCUUAAAACGAUUUGAUACCAGUGUUAUGUAAUUACGAUGGUUCUUGAGGUAACAUAUUUUGUAAGAAGUAACGUAUUCUAUAUCCCUAUAAGUAUUCUAUAUCCCUCCUUGCGAGAGUAGUCUUUAUUAAUAAAAGUUAAGACGUCUAUGCUACAGUAAAAGUUAUACAUAUAAGAUAUGUAACAUACCACACACACGUCGUUGUCUAAAUAUCGGCAACGGUUUCACUCGAUCGUGCUGUUCGUUGUUCCGUUGAUACAACGAUAUAUAUAUAUAUUUUUUUUUCUUCCUUUUCACUUUUUUUUCCUCUAAUCUGUGUCGUUUCCGUUACAAGAGUCGUUUGCGAUUGUCCGACGUAAAGAUAACCGGAGAAGAGGGGACCAAUUUGCGAAUCACAGUGCGGAUAAAUAACUUAGAUGCUAAAAUUAUAAACAGGUCUCUGCUUUGUCUUUUUAUAAGUAUAUAUAUAUAUAUAUAUAUAUAUAUAUAUAUAUAUACAUAUACAUAUGUAUAAAUGGUACCUAUCAUACGUAAUAGCGCUAGCAGACAUCGCGAGAGAUUCACUUACAAGUAAGACCAACACGACGUGUGAAAUUUUCUAACUGACGUUUUCGAUCGUCUUCGGCGAUGUGUAUGUGUUCCGUAAUGCGAGCGGAUACUCGCGCCGUUCGCCAGUAUCAUCGUAAUACUUCCUCCGCGGCUUUCGCGAUGUCCACGACGCAGGGCUUUCCCCUCCAUUGUUAAAAUACUUAACAGAUAAAUUAUUUUGAUUCUGAGUUCUAGCUAAUUAAGCUAGCAGUCGUACUAUUGGCUGCCUUUCUGCAAUAUGUGUACGUUUAACACCAGAACCGCGGCAAUUCCUUCCCUCCUGGAACCACGGAUAGGUCACUCUUUUGACCCAUCUCUCUUUUUUUUUUUCAUAAUUAUUCGUGGACUUUCUCCAACUUCGUUUAAUCGUCUUACGAUGAAGAAAGCUUCCCAAUGGUGGAAAUUCAAAGAAAUUGGGAGAAAGGAAUGUACAAAUAGGUCGGAAAUGACCCAGCCGCGGUUCUAGCGUUAACGAGAACCGGGCGGAAGAAGUUACUUCGCGACCCCGUGGAUUUUAUAGAUCGACGAUCAGCGGUUAGUGCGGAUUAAUAACGUUACGGGAUCCUCAAUUCGUGGAGAGCGACGUCUCUUUCUCGCGCGCGCACGCCGCCUCUUCCCGCGAAUAUAAUCAUCGCGCGUUCACACCUGCACGGGUCUUCUCGCUCGCGCACAGAAACGGGCCGAUCUAUUAUGUAUGCGCGGAGGCACGCUGAUAACAAUUCGUCCCUAUUGGCACGAGUUAACGGAGGAGUCAAUUGAUCGCCCACUGCCAAUCUGCCCGUGCCACAUGGCAUAAGUUAACAGAUUUCAUUUGCUCCAUUGACCCGCCGGGGAAUCAAUUUACAUAUACACACGGACCGCACGGAGGAAUUCGAUCGAAAUCCCCGCUCGGCGAAUUAUUCGCACACGAUGAAACAUCUCUCUCCUCCGCACGCGACCGCCGGGAAAUCCGAGGAAUUCGUCGACACGCUCGUGAAUUCAAGCGACGUUUCGCGCGAUCCACUGUUUAUACGCGCGUGUGACGAGAAAGAACGCUAAA